UUGCCUGGAAAUCACCUCUAUAUAAUUGACUGAGAACUGGAACAUCCAAGAACUAAAAACCCAAAUGAAUAAUGAUCCUACCCACAAAGUGAUUAAUAAUUAUCAGAAUGACAACACCCCUGAUAUUAAUAAAAAAUAAUAAUUUAUAUACCCAGAACACAAUUAAAGUGUAAAAGAAUGAAGUUCUUAAACAAAAUACUACUUUCAUGGGUAGUAUUUGUGCAAUGUUCAGAACUAAAAAGAGUUGAGUCAUUAUCUGGCAAUGAUUCAUCCAACAUUGAUUUCAAAGGAUUCGCUGAUUAUUUUACCAAGCACAAGAGAAACCAAUUAGUUAUGCACAGAGACACUGGAAUAGUGUACAUGAGUGCAAACAAUCGCUUGUAUCAAUUGUCACCUAAUUUAGGAAUUCAGAGCAAUAUUUCUGAUGAUUUUUCUGAAAAUGGAAUCCAAGCAGAUGAUUACAACGAAUUCUUGUUGAUUGAUUAUUGGAAUUCAAGAUUGAUGUCAUGCAGGCAUUUCAUUCACCAGCUGGAUUGCAUAACAUAUUCUACUCAACAUACCAUAUCCAAAUCGAAUAGAACUAAAAUAAAAUUACGCAAGUUACUCGCAUACAGUAUGGAAAAAUCAAAUCAAACAAAAGUGGCUUUCAUCACUGAACAAUCACUGUUGGUAACUACAAAAAAUGAAAUUUUGGGUUUUUCAACAGUCCACCUUGACGACAAAAAUUAUUUUAGACUGUACACAAAUUCUUACCAUCGAUAUAUUACAGAUUGUGUGUAUGGAUUUGCGAAACAAACAUACUUUUACUUUUUUGUUAUUCUUGAUCUGGCUUCACCACAAAUGAAUCAGAAAUCUCAAGUUUCCUUAUUGAAAAGAUUAUGUAGUCGUUCUUCUUGUUUAACCCCUGUUAUUAAAACUGAAUGUGGUUCUGGAAAUGAACAGCAUUACAAUCUUGUAAAAACAGCACAUGCUGGAAAGCCAGGUUUACAGUUGGCAAGGUCAUUGAAUAUCACUUCUAAUGAUGAUGUGCUACUUGCGAUCUUUUCUAAAAGUAAUGAUAUGAAAACGUAUUCUAAUGGACUUGGCGACCAUAGCGCAUUGUGUGUGUAUUCUCUUAACAGAAUUAAUGAAAAAAUUCUUGAAGAAAAACAAUGUGACCAAAAAAAUAUAUCUCAUGCACUUGAAAAGUGUGUAGUAACAUCACCUCCAGCAAUGGUUUUCAAUACAUCUUUGACUGCAAUUCAUGCUGUAGAGAGUGGAAAAUAUACUGAAGUGUUUGUAGGAACACAUGAUGGUCAUAUAAAAAUUAUAAUUGUGGAAAACGCAAGCAUGGCAUAUGAGCAAGUUGACAUUACAAUUGAAGAAGGCUCACCUGUGAAUUCUGACCUACUACUUUCCCCUAAUAAAGAGCAUUUAUAUGUACUGACGGGGUCUACCUUAUCUAAAAUCAAAAUACCAAGGUUCAAUUGUUCAAUGUUGACAAAUUAUGAUGAUUGCAUAAAGUCUAAUAAUAUCACUCACCGCUGUGGCUGGUGCAUAUUCACUGGAAAAUGUACCAUAAAACAUUAUUGUGACCAGAAAAGCUAUUCUACUUGGAUUGAAACAGAUUUCCGGGAAAAAGUUGCACUCAGAACUGUGGGCCCAGCAUAUUCAAAAUACGGUUUGCCACAAAAAAUCCAUUUAGAAUCACUUACAAACGAUCUUGAUGAUAUCAUUCUGGCUCAAGCGGACUUUCAUUGCAAAAUUUCCUUCACAAAUAUAGAAUUUCAAUCAAUAAUUGUACCUGCCUCCAUUGCACAGGAGGAAAUUCUUGUGUUCACAUGUGACAUAUCAGAAUUCAGUGAAUCACUAAUAAGUUACCACACUUCAAUGGCAAAAUUAUCCCUUCAGACAGCAAUUAUUCAACACAUUUGGGAUCAAAAUAUCACAUUCUCUGGUUGUUACACAUACUUGUCAGAAAAAGAAUGCAUUUUUUCUACUUAUCCAUGUUAUUGGUGUUCGAAGAAAGAGGAAUGCACGCAUUACAAUGAAAAAAAACAAGCAACAUGUCCAAAUGGAAACAUAAUAGAAAUUUUUGCUUUUUCACCACAACAUGGGCCUAGGGAAGGAGGCACUGAAGUUACUAUUCUAGGUCAAAACCUGGAUGUUCUAUUCAACAACACUAAUCAUAGUAUCACAGUUGCUGGACGAUCUUGUAAACUUGUAUAUAAAAAUACUUAUGUAUCAAUGAAAAAAAUUGAGUGUGUUAUUGAGCAGUCGACAUUAUUUCACAUACAAAGUGGACCCAUUGAAGUAUAUGUAAAUGAAAAUCUUUGGGUCAAAUCUCAACAAAACUUUACUUUUGAAAAUCCAGAAAUUUAUAGCAUUUAUCCAAAUAAAGGUCCUAUAUAUGGUGGUACUGAGUUAGCCAUCAAAGGCAAAUAUUUAGAUAUUGGGAGAUAUAUUGUAAUUUCAAUUGGGACAACACUAUGUGAAAUAUUCUCAAUCCAUUUACAUGAAAUAAAAUGUAUUACUGAUAGCUACUCACUUGAGAGUUUCAAUGAGCAUACAAAUUUCACUGUGGAUGUGCCUAUCAAGGUAAAAUUUGACAACAACACUUGUAAUCCUUCUAUAAAUAAUACAUUCAAGUACACCAAGGAUUUGGAACGUGAUUAUAAAGGUUUCAAUUUAGCACCAAAAGGCAUCCUUUCUGGAGGAGUUGAAAUUUUAAUUCACAAUGAAAACUUGAUGCAAAUCCAACAGUUAUCAUUUCAUGUACACAAUAAUGGUCAAAUUUUCAAUAGCUCAUGCAAAAUCCGCAAUGAUUCCACACAAACACCGAUCUGGUCUUGUAUAUCACCUCCCAUAUCAAAUAUCAACAGUGAUUUAAUCGAUGCAAGAAAUCCUGGAAGAAUGAAAUUCUCACUUGAAAGCAAUGGAACACAUGACAUGACUAUCAGCAUGCCAACUAAUCAUUCAUCAGUAUUUCUCUUGUAUCCUGAUCCCGAGUUUUAUCAUUUUUUAAAAUCCCAUAUCCCAAUGGAUGAGAAAAAUUUCAUGAUCAUUGAAGGGGAACACAUAAACAGGGCAUGUCAGAAAACUGAUAUUACUGUACUAGUAGGAAACAAUACUUGUAAAGUAAAUUCAGUAUCUUCACAGCAAGUAGUUUGCCUACUUCAAAAAUCUCAGCAAGAGAGUUACAAUGAUGGGUUUGGAGAAGAACUUGAUCUGUUGAAGAAACAUGAAUAUAUAACAGUAAUGAUAGGGAAGCAUUUCAAAAGGAUAGUCCCAAAACAAAAAGAGAAUUCAAAGGAGCAUGAAAGUAACAAUUUACUUUUCAUUGUAAUUUGCUGUGUGGCUCUGUUGUGUUUAAUUUUUGUAGUUUCCCUCUUACUCAUUUAUUAUUUUCUUCAUCAUGGAGUGAAAAGUUGUCAAGCAGCAAGGGAUGAAAUAGAACAUAGUAGUUCAAGAGCAAUUAAACAAAUAGAGCAGCAAAUGAAUAAAAUGUGUAUGGAGACAAUAGCCUUGAAACAAUGUGUUAAGCAAGUGAUUAUUGAACACCAAAUUGAGAUGGAUGAAAAUGCAUUUAACAUUUUGAAACUACCAAAUAUCACAAUUGUCAAUUCAACUUCCACAGCAGAUACACCCUCAGAUUCAAAAUAUCAGCUAUGGCCAAUUGAUCAUGAGUGGGAGUUCCCUAGAAAGAACCUAUCUCUAGAAAAUGAUCUGGGACAAGGAGAAUUUGGAAAAGUGGUUCAAGCUAAAGCAGUAGGAAUCUUACAAAAACAUAUAGUUAGCACUGUAGCUGUCAAAAUGUUGAAAGAUGAUCACUCAGACUCUGAUAUGAUCGAUUUAGUGACUGAAAUGGAAAUCAUGAAAUUAAUUGGAUCACAUGACAAUGUUCUAAAGCUGUUGGGGUGCUGCACCCAAGAUGGAGAAUUAUUUGUAAUAACUGAAUUUGCUAGACAUGGGAACUUACAUGACUUUCUUCGAAACAAUGCACCAUCAUCUGGGGAUAAAUUCGCAACAAGCAAUCUAUCCAAAGAAACAUUACUGGGGUUUGCUCAACAAAUAUCAAAAGGAAUGGAACAUUUGGCUUUAAAAAAAUGCAUUCAUCGUGAUCUCGCUGCAAGAAAUGUUCUAGUAUUUCAUAAUUACACCUUGAAAGUGGCUGAUUUUGGUCUAGCAAGAGAUAUUCGAAAUAAAGAGUACUAUAGAAAGGAAACAAAAGGCAGAUUACCAUUGAAAUGGAUGGCACCUGAAGCGCUGAUUCAUGGACUUUAUUCAACUCAAUCUGAUGUAUGGUCAUAUGGCAUAUUAUUAUGGGAAAUUUAUACAUCUGGUGGAAUACCUUAUCCUACAGUACUGCAAAUGGAGGAAUUAUUCCAGGCUUUACGUUCGGGCUAUCGAAUGGGAAAGCCCCCCAAUUGCUGUGAUCAGAUGUACUCUUUAAUGCUCAAAUGUUGGAAGUACAUGCCAGAGGAUCGUCCUACUUUUACAACAAUCGUCCAAUAUAUAGAAAAUAUAGAUGAGUCAACUUGCUCCCAACAAGGAGAUAUCACUGUCAGUGAAUGCAAACAAUAGUGUUUUAGGAAUUAGACUAGUUCCCAUAGCCACACUAAGAGCCCUAGUCCCUUUAAAAUGAUUUGAAAUUUUUGGAGGAAAAUUAAAAAACGCCGAAGGCUCCAGUACAGAAUGGCCCAAAACUAUUAAUUUUUAUUUGGUAGGAGUUGAAUUGAAGGAAUUCUUCAUGUUGAUUCAUUUUUACCAGAAAAUGGUUAUACCUAUUUCUUUAAAAAAUUAGAGAAUUGCCAUUUCAACUUGCCUUUUUUUGUAUUUUUUAAUUUUCAAUAACUCUCCAAAAAUACAAGAAUGAAUUUUAUUUUUAGCACCUGAAAGUUAUGUUAUGGGAUUUUAGGUCAUGACUUUUAGAUCUAGUUCGAUUUUGUUCAAAUCGAAAGGAUCAUAAAUACUGUAAAAAAUUGUUAUAAAAUGAUAAUAUAGUGAAAAAAAUACCUCAUAUUAUUGUAAGUUUUAUUAUGACCAGUAAUUUUUUCUAUUAUUUAUUUUCUAUUUUUUUAUUUUGAAAAUGCUGAAUUUUCACACAAGCAUUUUUAUACUAAUUUUAGGUACUUAUGUUAGUUUGUAGAUAUAGGUAUUAGGUACAUGCAUAAAUGAUAUAUUCUUAUGAAAAAUUGUAUGCACCUACUGUUAUCAAAAUAAUUCCUAUAACACUCGAGUUAAAAUGGUGGGGGAAAAUAUUGAAAUCAGCACGACACACGCAAACUUUCACAUACUGAAAAAUUCUUUGGCUCAAAAGUUCUCCUGGAGGAAUGGAUUAAUUUUUUUAGAAGUCAUUUCAGAAUUACUUUGUGCAGUGAUUGCUUCUGUUGAAUGAAUUCUCUGUGGUGAUUUAAAAUAACUUGUUCAAUAUCUUUAAUGUCAAUGAUGAUUUUAGU